AUGGUCCAAUUACGUAACGACGGAACACUGGGGACUUCUUCUGAGGAAGAAGAAGAAGACGACGAUGUUCCCGUAAGACGCGGAGGAUUCCGUAUGGUCACUCAAACUGUGGGAGGCGGUGAAGUGCAAUCUCAACCAGGUCUGUUUUUUGUUUUCCGGUUCUUCUCCCUCUAUUAUCUGAGCGUUUGGAAUUAUGGUGUUGACUUUAGCCCAGUCUAAUGCGCAAGACCAAGCCCUUAAACGUCAACAAGAAGCAGCUCAGAAGGCGAGGGAGAAUGCUGAAAGGCUACAAGCUGAAGCCAGAGCUCGAGCCGAAGCCGCGAGGCAAGAAGCCAUCGCCAGAUAUCAAGCUGAACUGGCUGCUGCAAAUAAAGCUGUGGAUCAGAGAGAACAAACUCGGCAAGAUCAACAGGAGAUCAACCAAGCACAACAACAAGCCAUCAAGGCUAGGGAAGAGGCCCUGCGACAACAACAAGAGGCCGCCAAGAAGCAAGCCGAGCUGAGGGCACAAAAGAUUAAGGUGGGUAAAGUCAUCAAAAAGGUUGGAAUUUUUGUAGGAACAACAAGAAUUAGCGAGGAAACAAGCCGAAGAAAGAGCGGCUCAAUUGAAGGAAAAACAAGAAGCUGCCCGGAAACAGGCUGAGGAAAGAACGGCUCAGUUGAAAGCUCAGCAGCAACAACAACUUCAAGCACAACAAAAAAAUCAGCAAAAAGUUCAACCAGCAGCUCAACAACAAAGGCCUGCGCAACCAGUUCAACAGCAAAAACCGCAGCCGCCACCGCCAGUACAACAGCAACGUAGUCAACCUCCUGCACAACAAAAACCAGCUCAACCGGUGCAGCCACAAAAGCCGCAACCUCAACAACCGCAAAAACCGGUUCAGCAGCCUCAACAAAAACAACCUGUUCAACAGCAGCGUCCUCAACAACCUGUGCAGCAACAAAAACCGCAACCUCCUUCUGUUCAGAAGCCAGUGCAACAACAGCAACAACAAAAGCCAGCUCAGCCACAACAGUCGCAAAAACCGGUGCAACAAAAUCAACGGGUUCCUCCUCAACAACCGGUACAGCAACAAAAAGCACAACCACAACAAGCAGGCCAACAACAAAAAGCAAGUCAACCGCUAAACAAAGCUCCUCAACAACCAACCCCAGCGCAACGCCCAGGGCAACCGGCAGGCAAACUUGGUCAGGCACAGGCUCCAACUGCGCAACAAAAAGCGCAACCUCAAGUUGCCCAAAGACCGGGCCAACCUGCCCAAAAACAACGAGGGCAGCCAGCACCUCCGGCUAAGCCCGCAGCUCAAAAUCAGGCCAACGGAGCAGUCCAGACCGGGCGAAAAGCUCCGACAAAACAAGAACCCGCUCCAGUCGCUGCGAAGGUUCAAGGAUCAGGUCCAGGUCGGAGUGCUUCGCCCCAAAAGACAGCUGCCUCGAGUGCUCGUGGCGCCGCCCCGCACCCUCAGGCAGUGGGCUCUUCGGAUAGCGAGAGACCAAUUCAGCCCCGUCACAUUCUCGCCCGCACAACGCCGAGAAUGGCCGGUCAACCGCCCCCGGAAGAGGAGCAGCCGGAGCUGGGACAGGCUCCCAAAGUACAGUGUCUGGUACGUCUUAUUGUAAACUUAUCCGAGCCCGUUUGAAUCGGCGUUUACUUUGAAUUUUGCAUUUAAAUUUACAAAAAAAUUGAAUUUAACCGCAUGAUUGCUAUUAUUUUUUUUGCCUUACAGCAAGACAGUGCUUGGGUGACCCAACAAAGAGUGCUGGACGAAAUCCCCGAAAUUCAGCCUGACCGUCUUCAAAUCGAAGACUUCUUGCACGAAUCUGAAGCUACCGUAAGUGGUUAAUUGUCAUUCUGAAGUCCUGUUCAGAACAAAGUCAUUGUUCCCAACGCUGUCCAGUAUGAAAGGGCCAAAUGGGAGUUCCCUGAAGAAGAAGAGAAGCCUCUGGAGAGUGUUCCUAAGGUCAAAACUCAAGACUGGGUAGCUGUGAACGAUGUCGAGAAGGUGAUUUUGAAGACUGAAUACGGGAGAGGACGAAUCCAACGAUCUUGGCCUCCACCGGGAUAUGGAGAAGAAGAACAGACCGAACUACAGUAAGUUUCGAAUUUUAAAAUCCCUUUUUUAGGGUUGACUAGCCUUUAUUUGUUAUCUUAUAUCAUCCCUGUGACGUAAUUAUGAUGAGCUUUGUCAUCCUUUUACUACAGCAUAUGAUAUCCCGGUGUUGAUUGGGUUGUUCUGCAGAUAUCAACUUUCUUCCUAUUAUUUAUUUUUAGCAUGUCUUUGAGGAGAGUGGUUCACAGCAUUUGUUUACCCGAGAGGAUCGGAGGGUCAGAGAAAGCGAUCUCUCCUGGAAAACGAUUUUCGUUAUAUCCGUUCGUUAAUUUUUUUGUUUUCAGACGUGCCAAUCAGAUCAAAGCCAAGGAAGAUGGAGCCUGGAUUCAAGGCCAACAGGUGCGUUCUGAUGAGUUAUUUAUUGCAUUCCAAUUGUUUUGUUACCUAUCCCAUUGAUCCUUGAUUUGUUCCGUUCAUGAAAAAGAAUGCAUGAAUUUAAUUCUUGUGAAAUCAAAUAGUCAUUACUUGCAGAACGAGGAAGAACAAGAAGAAAAGAUUGGAAAUGCCCCAUGGUCUGGACUGAGUGCCAAGACUGAGCGAGUAUGGCCACCACCGGAGAACGAGGUAGCACAAACUGAAUGGGCCGGGGGACCCCGUCUCUCGGUCCAAUGGCCCCCUCCAGAAUUUGAGGAGAAGUCCCAAAAGAACGUCGAGAUCAUUCAAACCCAUUACCCCGUCAAGGCCAAGAACAUCCAAUGGCCUCCAGUCAAGCCUGGCCAAGAAGCCGGAGAAUGUAAGCGCCGUUUUGGCUACUUCAAUAAAUAUAAUAUAUGUACAUUACAGUACCCGAAGAAGUCCCUGCCACGUAUGCCUGA